CUGCAACAAGUGACCCUCGAUAAAGUAAUUACAGAAUCAUCGCUUAAAACUCCCUACGCAGUUUUAAGCAUCGUCCGUCCCCGCAUGAUGUAUCAGGGUAAAUAGCUGCGAGAUGAACUUCGGCACAGUGGUCGUUAUUGCAGGGGUAACGGGACUGCUUAGCUUCGGCUUCUUGGCUGUGGCGAUCGGAAGCGAUUACUGGUACAUCAUUGAGGUGAACGCACCGAACAACACAAAUUCAGAGGAGCUCAACUCCCAUUCCGGACUCUGGAGAAUAUACGAAGGUAAAAAUGGCAGUUCCCAUUUCAUCCCCUCCAUCCUCGCAGAGACGGCGAAUUACACCGACCAGGAGAGGAAUCUGCUCGACAUGCACAGGGUGAUCGUCAUCCUGUUACCCCUCAGUCUGGUUCUGCUGGUGUGUGGCUGGGUCUUUGGCCUGGUCAGUUCCCUGGCUCGCAGUCCCACCCUUCUCUCCGGCACCUCUUCCUACUUCCUCAUCUGCAGCGUCCUGACGCUAUCUGGUGUGACCCUCUACAUCAGCUAUUCGCAGAAAGCCCUGCAGGAGAUUGAAAACCAGUUUGGGGCACUGCUGUUGGCACAAGUGCACGUGUCCUUUGGCUGGUCCCUGGCUGUGGCCUGGCUCUCCUUUAGCCUGGAGGUCUCUACAGGUCUUCUUCUCCUGCUGGCUGCCAGGAUGAUCCUUCUGGAAGCCCGUCUCGAAGCCUCCUCUGCUGCUGACUCGCCAAUCUAGAGUGAGUUCCAGCUCAGUUUUCUCUCUGCCUGCAGACUCCAUCUCUGCUCGACCUGCCGCCAACCUUACACCUCUCCACAGAACUGCUGCGCUUGAUUAAUUCAGCAAACAUCUCAGUAUCUCCCACACACGACCACCUCAUGACAACUAGGUAUGGAGGGCAAAAUUAAUAGCUGGAAAUUACAUUGGCUAGAGAGAAGAAAAUUAAUAUUUAUAUAAAAUAUUCAUUACAAAUUGCCACCACUCUCGGUGAUCAUUAUUUUGGACUUAAAUGUUGAUUAGACCAGACUGAUAGAGGCCUUAGGGUCAGUCUUCACACCUCGCCUCAUACUAGUGUUCUUUAAUAGUGUCUGUGAAAAGUGACAUUUAUGCUUAGCUUAAGCUCUGAAAUAUGUUUUGUGAACCACUGUAGUGUUUUCGUGGUGAGAUCUCAGAUGCCUGCUGCUGUCUGUGCAUAAGCAUCAUUUGUAAUUCAGGAGGACACUUGUAUAGAUGACAAUGCU